AAUUUUCAUUAACACACACGAACACACAAACAAAAUUACAAGGGUUGCCGUAUGAGUACAUUCUUUAGUGACCAAUAGAUUGAUCGGAAGAUAAUUCGCACAAAUAAGCAUAAACAGUAAAUUCCUAAUGGCUACCACAAACAUCUCCCUACCAGUACAAGUACCUCGGUCAAAUCCACCACAAAGAUUGCAGGCGCAUCAGACCUAUAUUGAGGCACACACAAUUUCAUCACUGGCAAGCAAGACCACAAAAAUCAUCACUUACAAACAAGGCCACAUCACGCGCUAGGUGAGAUAUUACCCGCUAAAUGCGGUACUUACGAAACAUACACUAAUCCGAGAACGGAGUCCACCGUUGGCUUAUCUCCACCGAUCGGGUCCUCUCCACCUGAGAUGAUACCGCAUCUGUAAGAUCCGCCGCUCUUGCAAACCAAGCAUUUUUUUUUCCUUUUAAUAUGUUUAGCUGAGUUAGUUACGCUAGUUAAGAGAAUCUUCUUCUUAGCAUUUCUCAUUAACAUUACAACUGCGCUAGUUAAAUAUAUUUUGAAAUUAACUUUGUUGCCAAAGGAGUGACCAUGAAGUAGAGGCUUAUAAUUAAAUUAUAUAUAUAACAGUAAACAUCAUGUUGCACAUGCAUAGUUGACUCAUCCCUCCCGGCCCUCUCUAUAAACAUAGGCUUGUUUCAGACUCCAGAAAUCACUUGUGAACUACACCAUAUACACAUGCCAAAACGGUAUUAGAGAGAGAGGCAGAGAGAGAUUGAGAGAGAGAGAUGGGAAACAUGAAGUGCGUAAAGAACUCCAACUCGAUCAUCAUCCUGGUUCCAUAUCCAGCACAAGGACAUGUCACUCCCAUGCUUAAAUUAGCUUCAGCCUUCCUCAGCCAAGGCUUUAAGCCAGUGAUGGUCACUCCAGACUACAUUCACCACCAGAUUGACCGAAAAGUCGAACCCAAGGACAAGAUUUUGUGCAUGCCAAUCCCGGAUGGAUUGGACAAGGACACCCCGAGGGACUUCUUUGCCAUUGAGAAGGCCAUGGAGGACAACAUGCCAAGCCAUCUGGAAAGCCUUGUCCGUCAACUUGAUAAGGAUGGUGAUGAAGUUGUGUGCGUAGUUGUUGAUUUGUUGGCAUCGUGGGCUAUAGAUGUAGCCAAUCGAUGCGGAGUAGCCUGUGCUGGGUUUUGGCCUGCUAUGCAUGCUACUUAUCGCUUGAUCACUGCAAUUCCAGACAUGAUCAGGACAGGUCUCAUUUGUGCUGAUACAGGAUUUCCAAAACAACUAGGUGGUAUAUGCUUACCUAAUCAGCCUGUGCUCUCUACUGAAGAGCUGCCAUGGUUGAUUGGCACUCCAGCUGCAAGAAAAGGAAGAUUCAAAUUUUGGACUAGCACCCUAGAGCGAUCGAAAACGCUUCAACGGAUCCUUGUAAAUUCUUUCCCGAAUGAAUAUUCCACCAAUGAUGAACAACAACUUCUCGGUGAUCAAUUGGUUAAGAGCACCAAAACCCAACAACCACUUGUUUUCCCAAUUGGUCCUUUAAGCAAGCACACAACCACCAAGAACCCUAGCUUUUGGGAAGAAGACACAAGCUGCUUAAACUGGCUAGACAAGCACAACCCUAACACAGUUGUUUACAUCUCUUUUGGAAGUUGGGUUAGUCCAAUUGGAGAGGGUAAGGUGAGAAGCUUGGCCUUGGCACUUGAAGCUUUGAGAAAGCCAUUCCUUUGGGUGCUUGGAUCUUCAUGGCUUGGAGGGUUACCAAUUGGGUACUUGGAAAGAGUAGCAAAACAAGGCAAAGUUGUGUCAUGGGCGCCACAAAUGGAUGUCUUGCAACACAAGGCAGUGGGAUGCUAUCUCACACACUGUGGGUGGAAUUCAACAAUGGAGGCCAUUCAAUGCCAAAAGCCUCUCCUGUGCUAUCCAGUGGCUGGGGACCAAUUUGUAAAUUGUUCAUACAUUGUGAACGUGUGGAGGAUUGGGGUGAAACUAAGUGGGUUUGGACAGAGAGAUGUUGAGGAAGGAUUGAGAAGGGUGAUGGAGGAGGAUGAGAUGAGCAACAGGAUGAGGAAGCUAAAUGAAAGGAGUAUGGGAGAUGACGCUAAUUUGAGAUUUGUGUCCAAUCUCACUGCUUUCACUGAUCAGCUUAAGGUGUUAGCACUUGGGUAUUCCAAUAAUGGUGUUUAUGACUAUGAUUUCUAGAUUAAUUAUUCUAUUUCAUUCUUAUGUAAUUUUGUUAGAGAGAGAAUGUUUUUUUACUGUUAUUAUGUAGGGUGAUACUUACGUCAAAUUAAAUUAUAGUGUUGGAAGGAGAUUUGAACUUGAGCGCAUGAAGGAGCACAUCCACUGUAGUAAAUGUAGCCACUGCACAUCUACAAUGAAUUUAAAAAACUUUAGACUGCAA